UAAAGGAAAUUAAUUGGAAAAGCAAAGAUAAAACUGCACUCUUGGCCUGGAUGUGGCUUUGAUAUGUUUUUGUGUAACAUUGGAGUCAAUCUUGGUGGAGGAGGGAGUGACGCACCAGUGAUGGGGAGGAGGAGAAGGCGGGAUCUUGGCGGUGACGUGACGUGUGAUUGGCCGGGUGGCUCUCUCUGGCUGGGGCAUCUCUCUGCCCCACCUCGCCCCCUCCCUCCCUCGGCGGCCAGUCGGUGAGAGGCGAGAGGGGGGAGACCAGCCACACUGAGCGGACAAGCCGGUGCGCGGAUCCGAAGACGGAGGCUCCCCUCAUGGUCGUCGUCAUCAUCAUCACCUCAUCAUCAUCAUCAUCAUCAUCAUCAUCAUUCUGCCGUUUUCUCCCCCUCCAGUCACCCUCUCCCAUCGGUCCUGGACGCCCCUGCCACGCUCGUGCCGUUUCCCCCCCACAGCUUUGCAUCUGAAUGACGGGCGGAAGGUUUGACUUCGACGACGGCGGCACUUACUGCGGGGGUUGGGAGGAUGGCAAAGCCCACGGACACGGGAUCUGCACCGGACCCAAGGGCCAGGGCGAGUACGCGGGCUCUUGGUCGCACGGCUUCGAGAUAGUAGGCGUGUACACCUGGCCCAGCGGGAAUACCUACAAGGGCUACUGGUCGCAGGGCAAGAGGCAUGGGCUCGGCGUGGAGAAUAAAGGCAAGUGGAUCUACCGCGGGGAGUGGAGCCACGGUUUCAAGGGGCGAUACGGCGUCCGGCAGAGCCACAACACACCUGCGAGAUACGACGGCACCUGGAGCAACGGGCUCCAAGACGGAUAUGGCAUUGAAACCUAUGGCGACGGAGGCACCUAUCAAGGCCAAUGGAUGGGUGGGAUGCGUCAUGGUUAUGGCGUGCGCCAGAGCGUUCCCUAUGGGAUGGCGACUGUUAUCCGCUCGCCACUUCGUACAUCCAUGGCUUCCCUGCGCUCUGAGCAAAGCAACGGCACCGUGCUUCAUGACCUCUCCUUCCCCGCUGACACACCCACAGGCAACCGCGGCGGCUUCGUACUAAACUUCCACUCGGACAGCGAGGUAGUGACGGGCAAGAAGAAGGGUCUCUUCCGUCGGGGUUCCCUCUUCGGGAGCCUCCGGCAGUUGCGUAAGUCUGACUCCCGGACCUCCAUCUCCAGCAAGCGCAGCUCGGCACGCAGCGACGCCACCAUGAGCCGCAUCAGCUCCAGCGAUGCCAACUCCACCAUAUCCAUCGGCGAUGGCGAGCUGCAAGACGAGGAUCUUCCCUUGGAGGACCACGUGGACGCCACCACCACCGAGGCCUACAUGGGCGAAUGGAAGAACGACAAGCGCAACGGAUUUGGCGUUUCAGAGAGAUCCAACGGGAUGAAGUACGAGGGAGAGUGGCUGAACAACAAGCGCCAUGGUUACGGCUGCACAGUUUUCCCAGAUGGCUCCAAAGAAGAAGGGAAGUACAAAAAUAACGUGCUGGUGCGUGGUAUACGGAAGCAGCUGAUUCCUCUAAAGAACCCCAAAACCAAAGAGAAGGUGGAUCGGGCAGUGGAGGGGGCACAGAGGGCAGCAGCUAUCGCCAGGAGCAAAGUGGAAAUAGCAGCUUCCAGGACAGCCCAUGCCAGGACUAAGAGCGAGGCUGCAGACCAGGCCGCCAUCUCUGCGGUGCAAGAUGCCGAAAUUGCAAGAGCAGUUGCUCGGGAGCUUGCGCCAAACUUCUACCAACCAGGGCCUGACUAUGUAAAACAGCAGUUUAAAGAGCCCGUGGAGAUUAAGGAGGUCCCCAUUGAAAAGAAAGAAGACUCGCCAAGAGAUUCCCCCCAUUUUUACCGCAAAGGUACCACCCCCCCUCAUUCUCCGUUUAAUAGUCCAACGGGCUCGCCUCCCGACUCACCUCACUCCAGCAAGAAGAAAGGUCAUCUCGCCAACAACCACAGCCGUAAAACCAACAAGGAGGAGCAACCUUCCCGUAAAACAAGCAAGGAGGAAAGGUCCGCCCACAAAACCAGCAAAGAUGAACGUUCUAGCAAGAAGUCAAGCAAAGAGGAGAGGAUGUCUGUCCCCGAUGGCCCCAAAGCUACUCAUAUGCACAUCGAGGCUCCCCCUAAACCCGUUAAACUUCAACAGCCGAACCCUCCAUCUGGUGCCCCCGCACAACCUCCUGCAGUCCCUGUCAAUGGCCAGCUCCACACAGAAUACCACAGUUACUAUGUGAAGGCUACAGUAAAGGGCCCACCACCCCCUGACCCAGAGGAGGACCCAGGGGAAGAGCCUAGUGCCCUUACCCUGGCACGCCUACCACCUCAGCCUCGGUCUACUCCGACCCCGAAGCCGGCCUCUGUACGGGACAACAAGAGUGACCCGAAACUCAGGAAGCAAGAUUCCCAAAAGCCAAAGAGCCUCGCAGACACAAAGAAAUCCAGUAUGGAGAUAGCAGAAACCGCAGAGGAAACAGGUCCUAACUCCAUCCUUGUCGCUAUGGUAAUGCUGUUGAAUAUCGGCCUUGCAAUUAUAUUUGUCCAUUUUCUGACAUGAUAGUGCUCAUUCUCAGUGAAAACACGGCAAGCUAUGCAGUUGCCUUGAAAAAAGAAAAUGGCGCCGACGAGUCACGGUGGCAGCCGGAGGUGUUUGGUUAAUAGCAUGACACCACAGAGAAUCGGGAAGGCGUCCCUACCACCGACCUGUCACAGGCCCCCGCGUGGACCACCCCUGCCAAUUAGCAGUCCUUUGGGCUUCUGGAUAAUCUGAGGUGAAACGUUGUGUCUAAUGAGUUAUAAUAAACCAAUCUAAUGUAGUGGAAGUCAUUUCAACCCGCUGGCGCCGAGGCGAGCAGCGGCCCCUGCAGCCAGAGGAGGCAGCGGGCUGACGGACUUUGCUGCCGGGAGAAAGCGGAGCUGCACUUUUAGAUGACGGGAGAAAACAGCUGCCCUACUAUUUUGCCAUCGCGAGAAGGUGACGAUGGCGAGGCGGGAUUGAGGUGUUUAACAGUCGCAGUGGGAACAUGCGGAGCGUUUUUCGGGGGUGGGGGAGGUUCCCGCCGCAGGAAGCUGGCCCUGGCUUGUUGCUAAGCAGUGAGUGUUGGCAGGGUCACUCGCCAGUCUUACUGUUUUAAAAGCUAAAUGUUUGUCCAGCUCCAUCCAACACUGCUCAAAACAACCCCCUGUUGCAUGGUACUGUUGAGGCAUUUUUCUUUUUAUUAAAUUGUGUUUGUUCUUUGUUGUUCUUGGGAUAGUGGUUACCUUUAUUGUUCAAAUCCCACACCAUUUGAUUUGUAUUUUAUUGUAAAUGCAAGUGCAAUAUGUUUUUUUUUUCUUCAAAAGAGCUUGGAGUAUAUUUUUCCCCCCCAAAAAUAAAUUAUAUCAUUAUUGCUAAAGUACAAUUUAUCGCGUCGGUAGGGAACUAACGUUUUUCAGGUCGGUAUACCAUCCAGGAGGAUUUGAUUCGGUCCAGCAAUCAACUUUAAAAACAAAUAAAAUGUUCAACUGCCCGUUAUAUAAAAAUACUUAAUAACAUUUAAUCCACAAACGCUCAUAACAUCUAAUAAUAAACAUGAGUUUUGUCAUUGCAUCAUAUUUCUUCAUAAAUAUAGUAUGGACUGAAAUGGCCCAAUAUAAAAUGGUUUCCUUCGUCGACUGAUGCCUGGCAAAGGAUUUUCUCGUUUUUACGCCGGCUGUCAAGAGGAGCGUUAACAAAGGUCUUAUUGUUAUUUAUUGAAAUCCAGAUAAAAUGUUUAAAUACAUAUUGCAACACAUGCCUACACGACACCACUGGGCUUUAGUUCCCUGUGUUCUCUCCAAUGUCCACCGUUGUUUUAGUCUAGGAUCGAAAGGCUGCUGUAACUGUGACUUAAGCGUUUUUGGGGAGGCAGGGGUGAAGAAGAACAAUGCCUUUAAAAGUCUUUAACAGUACCACUGUUUACCUUAUUCAAAGAUGAGGACGUUGGGAGUUGCCAUCCUUGUCUUAAUAAUAUUGUGCAGGUUACUUGUGACUGUUGUCAUCUGCUGAGUCAUGCUUUUUAAUGCGUUAACUCACCUCACAGGAACUGUGUGUCAUUUCUAUUGCAGCUAAGGCGUGACUUUCUUUGACUUUAGAAAAGAAAAAAAAAUUAUAUAGUUUACUGUCAUGACAAAGGAUUAAUUGUUUGUAUGUGUCUGUAAACACUGGUAAGCAUUAGGGAUGGGCAGUUGAUUCAAUUCCUAAUAUCGACUUUGGCCGAAAUUAAUUAUUUUUGAUUUUGCUAAAUAUAUUUUAUUUUAGUUGUAGACAGGAGAAAAUGAAUGAAAAUUUGAGUCUUUUAUUUAAAGGAGCCGCAUUAUGCAAUUUUUCACAAUUUUAAAGAGUUCCCAGGUGUCUUAACAAAAGGUCUGACAUUCUUCCAUGACAAUAAACGAAGGAUAAGAACUACAUCACAUUUAACAUCCAGCUUUCAAAUUCUGGUCUAAAUCUCUGCUUCGUGGGGGCUGAUCCGUCUCAUGCAAAUGUGAGUGCAUCUUUUGUUGCCAUGACAAUCGUAGUGGAGCCAUAUUCUCUCAUUUGCACAUUGGUCUUUUUUUUUUUUUUUAACGUACCUGGCUUGCACAUCUUGAUGUCUGACACACCCACCGUGUGUAAGCACCACAUUGCAUGUGCAACGAACCAGGGGGCGUGACUCAUUGAAAACUGAGGGGUUCCAACACGGCACACUUUGAAUGUGAAAUUCAAUUUUGUAGCACAAGCACAAGUUCAUUGUCACACUGCUGACCUGCCCGUCGCUCCAACACACUUUAGGGGAGAGCAAGUUAUCUGAUUCUGUAUGAAAUGUAUCCAGUAGAAUACUCUGAACACAUUUGGAGUUCAAUCAUAGGUCGACAUAAAUCAAAUAAUAACUAAUUAUUGAAAAUGUAAUUCACCAUUACGAUUGUGAGUGCCGCUUUCAGACAAACUCCGUUGAAAGCAGGAUGUUUACAGAGGAAAUUCUCCUUAACGAUUAAAAAAAAGCCUGCUGCACUUGUAGUUUUCACGCUAAUUAAUACAUGCAUAUAAAAUGUCAACUGCGCAUUCUGGUAGGGAUAUACUAUGGCCGUUGGGUAAAAGGUGAGUAUAUAUCUACACUGGGAACAUGAGUCAGCCACUUGCUAGUCAUUGUUAAGCAAAGCAAAAUGUGAAUUAUAAUGUAUCACCUUCAUGGAGCACGAGACUUAACAGCAGCUUCAGAGGUGCGAAAGACAAUAAGUACUUCAAUCCACCAGCGAAUGUGUGUAGUUUGUAUGGCUGUCCAGAUUUGACGGAGAAUGCCCACAAAUAAUUUUGCUCCACCUAAAGUGCGUACCUUGCUUGUGUGUGCGUACUAAAUUAGAUGUUUGACUUGAGCUGAGAAUGUGCGCAGCCAGAAAAGUGCGCAGCUGCACACCUUUUCCGAUUCAAGCACACGGAAGAAUGGGUUGUUUUCACGUGACGUCACGCAUUGUGUGGCCUCGGACGGCGGCCAUUUUUUGUCCCUGAACUCCAUUAUCAUACAUACGCAAGGUGGACGACAUUAUAUUUCUCACUGCAUUUAUUGAAGACGUGACCGGCAGCACAUCAAGCCCAGACUGAGUACUAGGUUAUGUGGCAUACACACAUCAUGAGACUCAGGACUGCAUCACAAAGGUGCAGUAUUGUGCACCUAUCCACUGCCUUUCGUUUUCCGUGGUAGCAUCCAGGUAAGUGCCCAUAUAAAAAAAAAUAUAUAUAUGAGCACUUACCUGGAUGCUAACAUGGAAAACGAAAGGCGGUGGAAUAUUAUUUUUUUCAAGUCAAGGCAAAUUUCAUUUAUUCCUUUUUUUUUUUUUUUUUUUUUCCAAAAAGUAAAACCUGCAUAUUACCUCACCACAAGCAAAGCGAAAUGUUUAUUAUUUGUGUAAAAUUUGAUGACAAAGAGAGAAGGCAAAAGAAUAAACAAAUCUAGUAGUUAACAAAAUUCUCGAAUCUUUCAAGUGACUAACAAAAAAGGAUUUUAACUGUAAUGUUGGCCUCAAUUAAGCUUGUUAGCUUAGACACAAUCAGCGUGAUAGCAGUGUCGGGCACUAGUCCACAAAGUCAGAACGUCCAAAGUCAUUUGUCGGAACCGUUAGACGAUGUCCCCGCUUUCAAAGUCGGACUUGUAUCCCGAAUCGCAAGCCUCUUUGUCGCAACGCUUUAAAGAGCGCGCUGACUAGCAGCUCUGGAAAAAGCUUCAGCGAAUUGGCGAGUUGGAGAAAAAAAGUCAUAAGAAAAGUCAGAAGAAGGCUCUCUGAUGGUUAGCAAGUCCUCUAUUGUGUAAUUGAGCCCCGAGACGCCCGUGAAACACAAAAACACAAAUGGUAACGGCGAGCAUUCCGGAGUCUACAACACUGGUAUGUGUUAGGUAGAGAGGUUAAAUGGCGGCGUGCAGUGGUGUAUGGGUAAUUCAGCAAAAAAUGUGAUGUCAGUGAAAACAACCCAUACGGCGUUUAGUGACUUUUACGAGCCCCUUACGACCUUUUGUGGUGUUAUUUGCGACAAUGGACUUUGUGACUCCCUCCAGAGCAAAAAAUGUUUAGCCUUCCGCUUCUGGACUCCAGAUGAAUGGCGCUUGCACAAAGCCACCACUGGCUAAUUUAACCAUAACCACCCACGACUGAUCUUUGGUAACACUGGAACUUUGCUUUACGUUUUUUGACAUGAUUGUGCUUCUGUGAAUUCUGGGGAAUUCACGGUAAUUUGAAAAAUUCAGAAUUCAGAAAAUCUUGCUCUUAUUUUAAAAACUACACAGCUCAAAUGUAAGUUUAAUUUCGCACUUGAUGGGUGGGAACGAACCCUAGAGACCUACCGAGUUUUAUACAAACAGUAAAAACAAAAUCCAGUUUCAAUUUUCUGUAAUCUGACCCUUUGAAAAAUUCAAGUGCAAAACCAUGUCCUACUUUGGAUAGGAUAGUAGUUGCUACUCAAUUAAAAGUGAAUUUAAUCAGUUUAGCACAUGACUCAUUAAUGAAGAAAAAAAUCAAUUAUUAUGCCCAUCUCUUGUCAUCAUUUAAAAAGGGCUUUAAUAUUGGUUAGAGUUCAAUGGUUAAAACUCAUAAAAUCAGAAUCUAACAUUUAUAUGUGAAAUUUAUUACAUUUGGGAAAAAAAACACUUAACACAUGCAUAAAAUGCAAACUGAGAGCACAACUACACAAAACAAGCAUUCUAAUCUGAUGUGUUCAAAUUUAAAUAUAUCAUGGAAUUUAUAUAUAUAUAUAUACACCUUAAUACAGAAGUAUAACAUUAAAACAUUAGUCGGUUCAAAUAACACCAUAUUUGAUUAUUCACUUUUUCUUUUAUACACCCUUUGUCUUCAGAACCAUGAAGACAUGACUUGAGGGUUUAAAGGAAUUUUUUGUUGUUUUUGGAACCUUUUUUUUAAAUCUGCAGCAUUGCAUCUUGGACACAUUUAUAUAUAAACAAUUCUAUACUAUUUCUAAAUAUUUUUACAGAGCACAAUACAGAAUCUGUUAUGAGUAUGGGUAUUUUUCUAACAAUUUGCACACCUGUAUUUUGACAGUGGCUAUAACUUGUUUGUAUUGGUAAUGUAAAUGUUUGAUAGUGAAAUGAAAGGAAUAAAGACAUUUCUAAUUAGUUGUACUGUAUGUACUAUUUGGGUACGUGAAAGGCAGAUAGAUGUUUCCUGUAUUGAGUAUUUCUGGGAAAUGCUGAAGACUUUUGAGAUCUCAAGGCUCAUAAUUUGUGCAAAUUCUUUUGAGAUGAAUUUAUGUAUACCAAUAAAGAUGUU